UUCCUCAUUAUCCGACACCAUGAGCUUCGUCACUCGCCGAGCGCUUUCGACGCUCAUUCCCCCCAAGAUUGCCUCCCCCAAGGCAAUUGGUGCUGCUCCCGAUGCUCUGCGCAUGCAGCGUGUCGUGAGCUUCUACGAGAAGCUGCCCCGGGGUGCCGCCCCUGAGGUCAAGGCCAAGGGUCUUCUCGGACGCUACCAGGCCAAGUACUUUGGCAAGAACGCUUCCGCUACGCCCAUUGUCCACGCCCUGCUCUUCCUCAUCGGCAUUGGUUACGCUCAAAACUACUACUUCCACCUGCGUCACCACAAGAACAAUGCGCACUAAAGUACUCUGGAUGGUUUGUUGAUGCCGCUCUUCUCCAGACAACGAGUGGCCAUGUAAAUAGACUUAGAACGGUGCCGUGUAUGCUCACGCCCGGACUUCCUUAUGUACUAUCAGACGCAUUGAAC